AUGACCAUCGGCCAUGCCAUUGUAGGAGGCUUCAGUAUCACGAUUGGCUAUCAUCGACUUUGGUCCCACCGGUCGUUCCAGGCAUGUAUUGGCAUAAGAAUUUUGCUCGCUGCUUUUGGUGCGGGAGAGGUUCAAUGGCCCAUCCUGUGGUGGGUAAAGCACCAUCGUGCCCACCAUACGUACACAGACACAGAUCAAGACCCAUCUAAUGCAAAGCGAGGCCUACUGUUCUCCCACAUUGGUUGGCUGCUUGGACUUAACGAGGCUGCAUGGGGCCCAGCCGACGUAUCGGACCUCGAGGAUGAUCCAGUGGUCAUUUGGCAGCAGCGAUUAUAUUACCCUAUUCUUGUAGUAGUUGGCUUUCUUCUUCCCACCACGGUUGCUUAUUACGGCUGGAAUGACUGGAAGGGUGGACUGCUAUACGGGGGUCUGACUCGGGUCGUCGUGACCCAACAAAUCACCUUUUUGAACAAUUCAGUGGCCCAUGCGUCCUGGGCGGGGAGUCAACCAUAUUCUACGAAAACAACUGCCCGGAAUGUCCGUUUCCUCAGCUUUCUUAAUCUCGGGGAAGGUAACCACAAUUUCCAUCAUACUUUCCCCGUUGAUUAUCGGAGCGGGGUUGAAUGGCGGGAGCCUAACGUUUCGAGAUGGGUUAUCUGGCUAUGGGGAAAACUUGGAUUGGCGUUCGAUCUAAAGACGGUCAGCCCCCGUGAGAUCGAGCGGGCUCGUCUUAUUCAGAAGAGGGGCGGCAUCUAUCAACGUCUAUAUUAUAACGAACACAACACCCAAUCCUUAUCCCAGCUACCUCGGAUAACUUGGGACGAGUAUCGAAGCCGGUCUAAGUGUGGGAAUUUGUUGGUUUCUAUAGGUGGGGCUGUCUACGAUGUGGCAGGUUUUAUGGAUGAACAUCCUGGAGGCCGUGACCUCAUCCAGAAAUUUAUUGGGAAAGAUGCCACUGAAUCUUAUUAUGGGCACCAUCUGCAUUCUCCAGAUGCCGAGGGUAUCCUUGAAAGAUUAUGCGUGUCAAGAUUGGCGGAUGAUUUGCAUUGA